AUGGCCGAAAACAAAACAGACGUCAAUAUAAAGCCGCCCAAACAAUUAAUCAUAAACACCAGUGAAGAUGUAGCAAAGGCGUGGAAGCUGUGGCUCCAACAAUUCGAGUGGUAUGCCAUCGCUACAAACCUGGAAGGGAAAAAACCAACGGUGCAAGUGGCGGUAUUCAUGGCAUGUAUCGGACCUGACGCGGUGGUUAUAUACAAUACGUUCAAUCUUACAAGUGAUGAGGAGUUACAAUUACAAACGAUUAAAGACAAAUUUACAAAUCACUUCACUCCAAAGAUUAACGAAUCAUAUGAAAGGUAUAUAUUUAAUACCAUAGUACAAAAAGAGGGCCAACCAUUUGACGAAUUUCUCACAGAACUCAAAAGUAAAGUAAAAAACUGUGAUUAUGGUACCUUAGAGGACAGCCUCAUUCGUGAUAGAAUUGUAGUAGGAGUAAGGAGCGACUCCCUUAGAGAGAAGUUGUUAGCUGAACAAGCCCUUACACUGCAAAAAACGAUUGACCUCAGCCGCUCAGCGGAGCAAGUUAAAAUGCAAGUAAAAACGAUGAAGCAGGCUCCUACUGUAGAUGCGGUUACCUGGAACAAUAAAAACACAAAUAUUAAGAAAAAAGAAGACAACAUCAAUAUGAAUAAUAAGAAAAAAGAAGAUAAAAGUGAAGAGACAUUUCAUUGUGGUAGAUGUGACACUAUACAUGCCCGGAGAAAUUGUCCUGCUUUUAAGAAAAUAUGCCUGAGAUGUAACCGAAGAAACCAUCUCACCAAAUGUUGUAAAAUAAAAACGGUGGAUUCACUUCUCCAGAAUGAUGAAUAUGAUAGUGAAGACGGAUUCAUGGUGUCAUCAAUAGAUACUGAUGAUGAUGAUGUUGGUAAAGAAGACUGGUAUGAGCCAUUAACCUUACCUAAUGCAGUCACAGUGAUGUUCAAACUUGAUUCAGGCAGUCGGUGCAAUGUUAUUAGCCGAGAAAUAAUGUAUAGAACAAAAUCACACCUCAGUCCAUCAACAACCAGAUACCUGAUAUCCUUUUCAAAGCAUAAGAUGCAAGUCUUAGGUGAAGCCAAACUGAUGACUAUUAGUAAAGGACAGCAAAACCUGAUUAAAUACUAUGUUGUUGAUGAAAAAGUGACACCAGUUCUUGGCAGGAAAACAUGUGAAAAGUUAAAUUUAGUAAAGAGAAUUGAUGCUAUUACAAUAAAUGAUGACUUGUUUGAAGGAAUUGGUUGCCUGAAACAGUACAAAUAUGAUAUUGAUUUAGUAGACAAUCCAAAGUUACCUAUAUGCCCGGCACGUAAAAUUCCCCACACCAUAAGACAAAAAGUAAAAGAUGAGUUGGAUAGCAUGGUCGAACAGAAAAUAAUUAAACCUGUGACAAAGCCUACACCAGCUGUUUCACCUAUGGUUGUGGUGAAGAAAAAUGACAAAAUAAGACUGUGCUUAGAUCCCUCAGACAUAAACAAAAAUUUAAAAAGAAGACAUUACCCACUUAAUACUCUUGAAGAAAUUGCUGCCAGAAUUCAUGGCUCGAAAUGGUUCACACUGCUAGACUGUAGAAAAGGAUUUUGGCAACUGCAAGUGACUCCCCGCACAUCAGAGUAUCUCACGUUUAGUACACCCUUUGGAAGAUAUUCUUGCUUAAGAAUGCCCUUCGGCUUAGCAUCAGCUCCAGAAGUCUUCCAGCAAGUUAUGAGCUCACUCUUAGCGGACCUGGAAAAUACAGAGGUGUCAAUGGAUGAUGUACUUCUACAUGCUGCCAGUAAAGACGAAUUAGAGAAGACUACACAGAAAGUACUGGGAAAGUUUAAAAAUGCAGGUCUUAAACUUAAUAAAGAAAAGUGUGUAUUCAGUACACAAGAAGUCAAAUUUCUGGGCCACAUAGUAACUAGCGAAGGCUUAAAGCCCGACCCGGAAAAAAUAGAAACCAUCACAAAAAUCAAGAGACCAGAAAAUAUAAAAGAACUGCAACGGUUUCUAGGAUUAAUUACCUACUUGUCAAAAUUCAUAAAAAAUAUGGCAAACAUUACCAGCCCCCUGAGACAAUUAUUACACAAAGAUGUAGAAUGGGUUUGGGAUCAACCACAAGAAGAAGCGUUCACCAAAUUAAAAGAGCUGUUAAAAAACCCACCUGUUCUGGGAUUUUAUGAUCCUCGGGCACCAAUUUUGCUGUCAGUUGAUGCUAGUAGUUAUGCCUGUGGUGGUGUAAUGAUCCAAAAAGAAAAGCCUAUUGCUUACUGUGCUAAAUCUUUCACUAAAACUGAACAGGGCUACAGUCAAUUGGAAAAAGAGGCCAAUGCAAUCUUAGUGGCUUGUAAAAAAUUUCAUAACUAUAUCUGGGGCUGCAAGGACUUAACAAUAGAAUCUGAUCAUAAGCCUUUAGAAACAAUUUUCAAAAAACCACUUACCAGUGCACCACCAAGACUGCAAAGAAUGUUAUACCAGAUUUUGCCAUAUAAUCCCAAAGUGACAUAUAAAAAAGGUUCAGAGAUGUAUGUAGCCGAUACUUUGAGUCGAGAUUGUGAGAAGCUAAACUGCGAAGAUGUUAACUCAGAAAACUUGCAAAUAUGUGCUAUUGUGCCAUUUUCAAAAAACCGCAGAGAAGAAAUCAAACAAGAAAUUGAGAAUAGCAAGCUGGCCACAGAAGCUCCAGAGCUAGGAACAGAAGAUCCAGACACUGCUGGACAGCCAUCACCUACAGACCAGUCACCAGUCCCUGUAGUACAGCCUGUACAGCCGUCACCUAUAUCACCAGCCAAACCCACACUGACUGUGCAGAGUCCAGAACCACAGCGGCUGCUAACAGCUCCUCAACCUAGAAGUACCCGCAGUGGGCGGAUAGUGAUCCAGCCUGCUAGGUAUCACUGA